UCAGAAGAACUUUGAUGAUAAAAAAUAUCCCCAACAAAUACACAUCAAAGAUGUUACUGGCUACCAUUGAUGAACAUUGUAAAGGAACUUAUGAUUUUCUCUAUUUGCCCAUUGAUUUCCAGAACAAAUGCAACGUUGGUUACGCAUUUAUCAACUUGCUGUCUCCAUUAAACAUCAUCCCAUUUUAUGAGGCAUUCAAUGGAAAGAGGUGGGAGAAAUUCAACAGUGAAAAAGUCACCUAUUUGGCAUAUGCUCGAAUUCAAGGGAAGGCUUCCCUCGUUGCCCAUUUCAAGCACACGACUUUGAUGAACGAAGAUAAGCAAUGUAGGCCGAUUCUCUUUGACUAAGAAUUCCUAGAGUCUAACAAUAAGAUCCUCCUAAAAACUGUUCCAGUUCAACAUUCAAACGAAGGACAAGCAGGGAAUCUGGCCGGUAGCGAUCAAGAUGAGAG